AUUCGUAUGCAUAUUUAAUGCAGAAAUAAAAGAAAAUGAGUAACAUUUAUAUACUCGAGCCACCUACCACUGGAAAGGUCGUUAUGAAAACAACUAUCGGAGACAUAGACUUAGAAUUGUGGACAAAAGAAGCUCCAAAAGCAUGUAGAAAUUUCAUACAAUUAUGCAUGGAAGGAUAUUAUGAUAAUACAAUAUUUCAUCGAGUGGUUAAGGGAUUUAUUGUUCAAGGAGGAGAUCCAACGGGUACGGGAGAAGGUGGUGAAAGUAUCUAUGGAGAACACUUUAAAGAUGAGUUUCACACAAGAUUACGAUUUUGCCGAAGAGGUCUAUUGGCUAUGGCAAAUUCUGGCAAAGACGAUAAUGGAUCUCAAUUUUUUUUCACGCUUGCCGCUGCACCAGAAUUGCAAAACAAGCACACAAUAUUUGGAAAGGUCACGGGUGAAACUGUGUUCAAUAUGAUAAAGCUUGAGGAUGCUCUUGUCGACGAAAACGACAGGCCAAUCUAUCCUCAAAAAAUACUAAAAACAGAAAUUCUAAGCAAUCCCUUUGAUGAUAUUGUAGCCAGAGUUCUUAAAGCGAAUGUUGUAGAAGAAAAGACAAGGAAAAAGCAAAGAAAAGGUGUAAAAGAUUUUAAAUUAUUAUCAUUUGGAGAGGAAGCUGAAGAAGAUGAAGAAGAGUCUGUUGUUUUAAGUAAGCAAUUGGGUGGCAAAAGUAAAUCGGCCCACGACAAUUUAUCAGAUCCGAAAUUAAGUUCCGAGCCUGUGUUUACAACUGAUAGCCCACCGAAUAAAAAAAUGAGAGAAAAUAAUAGUGAUUCGGAGAGUGAUAGGGAUUCAAUGCUUAUAGAAGAAGAAGAAGAAGAAGAAGAAGAAGAAGAAGAAGAAGCCUCAGAAGAUAAAGAAAAGCACGAAAUGGCAGAAAGAGUAAAAAAUAAAUUAAAAGAAUCCAAGAAUUUGAUUUUAAAAAAAAAACUAGAUAAUACGGUUAAUAAUAAAGAAAAGAAUGAUUCGGAAGAGGAGUACUAUCUUGGAAAGGAUAGAAAAGAUGAGAGAAAGAGACAAACGGAAGAAAUCAAAAAGGAAAUUCGUGAUUUUAAACGUGAAAUAAGAAAAGAACAAAAUAAAAAGUUGGACGAAGAAAAGCAGAAGAUCGAAGAGAAAAAAAUAUCCGAAGUUAUUAAACAAUAUCAUGAAACGCAAGAAAAAUAUAAAAAAGAAACGUCCAAAUUUCCUAAAAAAGGUUCCUCGCGAGAAGAUUUUACACUUCAGUUGCUCAAUAAAUUUAAGAAUAAAGUAAACAGUGCCAGAGAACAACAUUUGGAUAGCGAAUGUUCGACGUCGGGCAAUAAAAACGAUGAAGAAAAGGAUGAUGAUGUUGAUGAUCCAAAUGAUGAAUCUUGGAUGACUCAUGCUUUACGAUGCGAAGACAAAGCACCAGUUUUAGCCAAAGACGCCAGUACAAAGGGUGACGAUUGGUUUGAAAUUUACGAUCCUAGAAAUCCAUUGAACAAACGAAGACGCGGUGAAACAUCGGAUAAAUCGAAAAUCGAAGGACAGAAUAAAAGUAGGAGAUGAGCUUCCUAAUGAAUAUGAAAAAGUCUGAAAAACAACAUAAUUUUC